ACUACACGAAGCUUCUCCCAGUCCUCCCGCCAUGGCGCGCCCAACUCCUCAAUACUGGGCAUAUCAGGCCCGGGAGGUCCUGGCAUGGCCACCUCGUACUUCCAGAAGCCAUCACUGCCCGCCAACACCAUCAUCCGCUUCGUGCCCCAGCAGACAGCGUGGAUCGUCGAGCGCAUGGGCAAGUUCAACAGGAUCCUCGAGCCCGGUCUCGCCAUCAUGAUCCCAUUCAUCGACCGCAUCGCAUAUGUCAAGUCGCUGAAGGAGGUCGCCAUCGAGAUCCCGAGUCAGAGCGCCAUCACGGCUGACAAUGUCACCCUCGACCUCGAUGGUGUCUUGUACACGAGGGUCUUUGAUGCCUACAAGGCCAGCUACGGAGUCGAAGACGCCGAAUACGCCAUCUCCCAGCUUGCCCAGACGACCAUGCGCAGCGAGAUCGGACAGCUCAGCCUCGACCACGUCCUCAAGGAGCGUGCCGCGCUCAACAUCAACAUCACUGCUGCCAUCAAUGAGGCCGCACAAGCCUGGGGCGUUACCUGCCUGCGCUACGAGAUCCGUGACAUCCACGCGCCCCCUUCCGUCGUUGACGCGAUGCAUAGACAGGUCACUGCAGAGCGGAGCAAGCGAGCCGAGAUCUUGGACUCGGAGGGUCAGCGCCAGAGCGCGAUCAACAUCGCCGAGGGAAAGAAGCAGAGUGUCAUCCUUGCCUCCGAGGCUCUGAAGGCUGAGCAAAUCAAUCGCGCGAGCGGUGAGAGCGAGGCAAUCUUGCUCAAAGCCAAGGCUACAGCCCAAGGUAUUGAUGCUGUCGCCAGGAGUAUUGCUCAGGGCGAGGAUGCAGCGCAGGGUGCUGUCAGCCUGUCCGUUGCAGAGAAGUAUGUCGAUGCGUUCGGCAAGCUGGCCAAGGAGGGAACAGCUGUUGUCGUGCCGGGCAACGUCGGCGAUAUCGGUGGCAUGAUCGCCACUGCACUGAGUGUUUACGGCAAGGUGGGGGAUGCCCAGGCGAGGACGAUGGCGAAGAGAGCUCUCGAG